AUGACUGAGGCGCCAGGGUGCUUAUGGUUUGCAUGGAGAAGAAUUAGUCAGAACUUUGCUGAAAGUUACAAGUUCGGAAAAGGAUUAACGGGAACUAAUUUUGUCACUAUAAAUCCUUUUGAUUUGUUAAAUGAAACCCAAGCGUGUAUUAAUAAUGCUUGUGUGACAAUUGAGCCUGCAAGAUGUCCUCAGUUCUCACAUUUUGUCAAAUGUGGUUCAACAUGUCACGAACAUUGCGGAGAACCAAAGCCGAUGAUCUGCAAUAAAAUGUGCUUCCGUGGUUGCGUGUGUGAUGACGGAUACGUUCUUGACAGCAACGAACAAUGCAUUAGGCGAGAAGAUUGUCCUCCACAGAAUUCCUCUGCAGAUUUCAACAACACUUGUGUGGGAGUUGACUGUAGACCGGGCUAUGAAUGUGUCGAUGGUAGAUGCGUACUGAGAAGAGAUUGUCCACUUGUAUCGAUGGUGCCACCAUCAUCUAACUGUAUGUAUGUUCCGGAAACUGAUAGCCGUGGAUGUUUACGGCCAAGACUGAUGUGUUCGACUGCGGAGCCUAAGCCAGCGAACGACAUUCAGCAGCCACAACAGUGCGGACCAAAUGCACAUAUGUCAAACUGUACAAACUUUUGUCCAGUAAUUCACUGUGGCAACCUAUAUAGGAAGAUUGUCUGCUUUUCACUACGUUGUGGACCGCCAGGUUGUGUCUGCAAUGAUGGUUACGUCUUCAAAAGUCUAGAUAAGUCACGCGGUUGUGUAAAAAGAGAUGAGUGCACUGACGACGAAAGUGGCGAAGUACUUAUUGCAUUAACUUCAGGUUCAAAAGUCUGCGGUCCAAAUGAACGACAUACAAAUUGUGGUUCAGCAUGUGAACCAGUUUGCCCUCCCGAUGAGCCAAAACCAUGUGUCGCCAUGUGUAUUGCUGAUGUCUGUGAAUGUAAACCCGGAUUUCUUAGACAUAAAACGAAAGGUUGUGUUCGGCAAGAAGAAUGUUAA